AUGAGCGCACCCUCCGAGACCAUUCAACCCACCCCUUCUAGCAGCAGCACCGUGCCUCCUGUCACAGCCAAUAAACCGCCUCACGUCCUAAUUGGUGGUGCUGGUCUGGCUGGCCUUUUCCUCGGGAUUCUUCUGGAGAGAGCUGGGAUCCCCUAUGAGAUCUUCGAACGUGCCAUUAUGUGCCUGUCACCAAACAUCCUCCCAGCUUUCGAGCAGCUCGGCUUAUUGGACGAGCUGUUGUCGUUCUCCAAGCCAACGGUUGCCGGUGUAAUGCUGACCGAUAAGUUGAAACUCAUUGGCAAAGCUGUCUCCGAUUGCAAUGACGAGAUUGGUUACGACCGCGUUCUCUUCGCCCGUCCUGAGCUGCAUAACAUGCUGCUCAAUAAAACUCCCAAGGAAAAGCUCCACAUGUCCAAGAAGAUCGUUUCACUUGACCAGGAUCAAGAUGGCGUUACCGUGACCUUUGAAGACAACACCACGGCCCGCGGUGAUAUCCUCGUUGGUGCCGACGGGGCUCACAGUGCCGUUCGUCAGCACUUGUACAAGACCCUGGAGAAGGACGGCCUUCUCCCCAAGUCUGAUACUGAGGAUACGAGCAAGGGUUACAUUUCUCUUGUAGGAACAACCAGCGCCCUCGACCCCGUCAAAUACCCUGGUGUCUUGGUGAAGGAAUCUGAGGUAUUCUAUAUGAUCGGAGACAAGGACGCACCCUAUACUAUGUUGGAUGAAAUCCGUCACUUCAAGACCCCUUAUGGCACCAUGGGAGACCUGUUUGAUGCGACCGACAUUGAGAAAGUCUCCAAGGUCUAUUUCGAAGACAAACUCUUCGAGACCUGGACGCAUGGACGAACCGUUCUUAUCGGAGAUGCUGCACACAUGCUCCUUCCAAGCAGCGGCGCUGGUGCAGUGAACGCCAUGCAAGAUGCGGUUCUCCUCGCCAACAACCUCUAUGACAUUAGGCCCACCAACUUCAAGAACAUCCGGACUGCACUGAGCGACUACAAGAAUGAGCGGUUCGAUGCAAUCAAGGAUCAAUACCCUCAGUCCUACAUUAGCGCCAAACUAAUCUUCGGACAUCACAAGCAAUUGAUUAAGGAUACUGCCUACCGCCCUCAGGCUAACUUUUUAUCUCAGGCGCCAAAGCGUGGCACAAUGGAUGUCAUUCCUCAGAGACCUUCGAAGCGCAUCGAGAAGGAGAAAGAGGAGGCAGCGAAGAAUGAAGCAGUUGUUACUGCUCUUUAA